AUGGUCGUCAAAAGUCGCUAUCCCGAUCUGGACCUCCCGGUCGUCGACAUCUUCUCCUUCUUGUUCAAGCGUAAAGAUCGCAAGUUUCCGGAUAGCCACCCGAUUUUCCGCGAUGGCCAUACCAAUAAGACGUACAGCUUCGGCCAUGUCAAACAGCUUGCGGAAGAAUUCGGCAAAGGUCUGAGGUCUCGAUAUGACUGGAAGAAGGGUGACGUGCUGGCAAUAUCUUCGCUGAGCGAUAUUGACAUCCCCCCCGUGAUUCUCGGGACCCUAUGGGCUGGAGGAACCGUGUCAACUUCGAAUCCAGACUACACGGUGAGGGAACUCUCUCACCAGCUUCUGGAUAGCGGCGCGAAGUGCGUCGUCGCGCAAUAUUCUAACAUCGAGGUGGUCAAGGAGGCGUGCAGCGCAGCAGGCAUUGCAGAAGACCACAUCCUCCUUCUGGGCGCCGAGAAAGACCCAACCGGGCGAUUGAGCCACUGGACGGGAGUCCGAAAUCUGAGUGUUGUCACGAGGUAUGCGGCGCGCAAGAUUGACCCCGAGGACGACGCCGCCUUCUUGGCCUAUUCGUCGGGGACCACCGGGAAGCCUAAGGCUGUCAGGCUCACCCACUACAACAUCACCUCCAACGUCCUUCAGCUACAGGUAGCCGAAGGGUUCAAUCUCACCUGGGACGGCAGCCGGACCGCUCGAGACAUUCCCUUGCCAGAACCGGGCGCCGGGGGCGACAAGAUCCUAGCAUGCCUCCCGUUCUUCCACAUUUACGGGUUAACUGUUCUCGUCCACAGUCCCCUAUACUCGGGCGUGACAACUGUCGUGAUGCAGCGCUUUGACUUAGACAGAUGGUGCCAGAUGGUGCAGGAGCAACGAAUCACGUACUCUUACAUCGUGCCUCCCAUCGUCCUGCACUUGGCCAAGCACCCUGCCGUCUCAUCCUACGAUCUCUCCAGCCUACGUAUGACGCAUUCAGGUGCCGCGCCUCUGACACGCGAGCUCAUCGAUCAAGUAUACAAGAGGCUGAAAAUCCGCAUCAAGCAAGGCUACGGACUCUCGGAGACUAGCCCGUGCUUGUACCAGGGCUCCUGGGGUGAGUGGGAUGUUGACAUUGGAAGCUGCGGUGCCCUGCUGCCGAAUCUAGAAGCCAAGAUCUGCGAGCCUUAUGACCCUUCCGGCGGAAACGCCGGGGCAGCCUCGGCCAGAGAGCUUCUGGUUGGCGAGGUGGGAGAGCUGCACGUCAGAGGCCCGAAUGUGUUCGGAGGCUACAGUAACAAUGCCAAAGAAACGGCCGAGUGUCUGAGCCCGGACGGGUGGUUCCGCACAGGAGACAUAGGAUACAUCAACGCCAGGGGUAACCUAUACAUCACGGACCGCGUGAAGGAGUUAAUCAAGUAUAAAGGCUUCCAGGUCGCACCUGCGGAGCUGGAAGGCUACCUUCACGAGUUCCCGGGUGUUGCUGACUGUGCCGUGGUGGGUGUGUACAACAAGGAGCUAGCUACCGAGGUUCCGCGAGCAUACGUCGUGACCGAGGACGCUUGCAAACCACUCGAUGCCGACCAGCUGCAGAAGUGGUUCAGUAGCCGCGUGGCACACUACAAGAGGCUAAGGGGCGGGGUUAAACUGGUCCAGCGGAUUCCGAAGAAUGCAAGCGGAAAGAUACUCAGGAGGGUUCUAAAGGAGACGGCGCGUGAGGAGUUUGAGACAAAGAGAUCAUCGAAGUUGUAG